AUGACAGCCUUUCCAAUCCCCUCCUACACAGACACUGUUAGCCCCUCCUACACAGACACUGUUAGCCCCUCCUACACAGACACUGCUAGCCCCUCCUACACAGACACUGUUAGCCCCUCCUACAUAAACACUGUUAGCCCCUCCUACACAGACACUGUUAGCCCCUCCUACAUAGACACUGUUAGCCCCUCCUACACAGACACUGCUAGCCCCUCCUACAUAGACACUGUUAGCCCCUCCUACACAGACACUGUUAGCCCCUCCUACACAGACACUGCUAGCCCCUCCUACACAGACACUGUUAGCCCCUCCUACACAGACACUGUUAGCCCCUCCUACAUAGACACUGUUAGCCCCUCCUACACAGACACUGUUAGCCCCUCCUACAUAGACACUGUUAGCCCCUCCUACCCAGACACUGUUAGCCCCUCCUUCAUAGACACUGUUCGCCCCUCCUACACAGACACUGUUAGCCUCUCCUACAUAGACACUGUUAGCCCCUCCUACACAGACACUGUUAGCCCCUCCCACACAGACGCUGACUUAUCUGCUUACCGAGACACUGAUAGCCCCUCCCAUACAGUUGUUCCCUCUAACAAGGACUCCAUUGGACAGAACCUCAUAAGGAAUGACAUUCUCAAUGAGCAGGAGCAUACCAACCAGGUGCCCUCUCACCCCUUUGUGAGCCCUGACUCCUGGAGCAGCUACAUCUGGACCAGCACCGGCCACACACCCUGCACCACCACCUGUGGCACCGGCAGGCGCCAGGCGUUGUGGAGGUGUACGGAGAGGAAGACCCAGACCACAGUAGCAAGUGACCUCUGUGGCCCCGCCCUUCCUCCUCUAAACCAUGAAGAGGACUGCAACACCCAACCCUGUCCGGCAUUCUGGGACUUUGGGGAGUGGUCAGAGUGCAGCAAAAGGUGUGGCCCAGGAGUCCAGCACCGGCAGGUCCACUGUCGCCAGGUGACCAAUAACAACAGCAACGGAACGGUGAGAGUGGUUACUGUGGGUACAGACCUGUGCGAAGAUGAUGUCACUGCUAUGCCAGCGACAUCACAGCCAUGCCAACUGAAGGUCUGCAGCCAAUGGCAGUUACGUUCUGAUUGGAGUCCGUGCUCUGUGCCGUGUGGGGUUGGGCAGCGCAGCAGGGAGGUGGUGUGUGUGGGCGGCACGGGACUCGUGGAGGAGGACCAGGAGUGUAACCUGGCCCUGAAGCCAGACCACCUCCACAACUGUGACAUGGGAGCCUGCGCACGCAGCUGGUACACCUCGCUCUGGAGUCAGCGGUGUUCUGCAGAGUGUGGCAAGGGCAAACGCACCCGAGCGUCCGUGUGUCUUGUCGAUCACGUGACCAACCUCCGAUUGGGCGGCUGUGAAGGGGAGCGACCACAGGAAGUGACAUCAUGUGAUGCCGGGCCAUGUCGCCAACAAGUGGAGUGGUACGCAGGACCCUGGGGACAGUGUUCUGCAGAAUGUGGAAAUGGAACGCAGACCAGAGGCGUGGCAUGUCUCCUUAGAGACGAGGGUCGCCUACAGGCUGUUGACCAAUCCAAAUGUUUCCACUUGCCUCAGCCAAUCAGCUCACAGCCCUGCCAGCUGAAGCUGUGUGGCAUGCAGUGGUACAUGACAGAAUGGAGCGCGUGUUCACGCUCCUGUGAGGGCGGUUACCGCGUGCGUGAGGUGCGCUGCCUUGCCGACAACAUGGCCCCUAGCGAUCUCUGUGACCCCAGCCUGACCCCGGAGAGCAGCGCGGAGUGCAACCCCCAGCCCUGUGUAACAGACGCCAGCUUGUCGUGCCGGGACCAGUAUGAUAACUGUGUGGUGGUGGUGCAGGCCAGGCUGUGUGUGUACCCCUACUACAGGACUGCCUGCUGCACUUCCUGUUCACGUGUGACAAACAAACACCCCUACCCAUACCUGAAGACUCACCGCCGCAGACACACACUCCAACACACACCUGAGAACUCCGCAGAUGAUGGCACUUCAGAAUAGAGACACACCAUUGUGAAUGUUCCUACAAAAGAGGAGUUACGAUA